AUGAUGCUGAGAGGUCCGCGUGGAAUGCCCGGUCUGGCAGGCCUUUCGGGCGCUCAAGGACCUGCUGGUCCACCUGGCCCUAAAGGUGAUCAAGGACCCCAAGGUGACCCUGGAUUUACUGGUCCUGCUGGUCCACGAGGUCAUCCCGGACCUAGGGGACCAAUUGGUCGUGCGGGUCGUGACGGAGAGCCUGGAGUAAUGGGACUGCAAGGCCCUAAAGGCGACCCCGGUGCCGCUGGUCUGCCUGGUUUGCCAGGACCCCGUGGUCACAAGGGUGAAGAUGGCCCUCCAGGUGAGAAAGGCGCCCAGGGAGAGCGCGGUCCCACGGGUCCUACAGGUCGAGAAGGUGAAGUCGGACCCACUGGCGAACAGGGCCCUCCUGGCUACCCGGGUCCUGCUGGUCCACCGGGGCAGCCGGGAAUUCGUGGCCUCCCCGGCCCUAUGGGACCACCUGGUCCGAAAGGUGACAUAGGUGACACCGGUCCGGUGGGUCCGACAGGUCCUGCUGGUCCUCCCGGUCCCCCUGGAGUAAUGGGACCGCAAGGCGAACGCGGUAUUCCAGGUAUGCCUGGACGCCGUGGUGAUCCCGGUGUUGCUGGAGUGGCUGGAGCCACUGGCCCCACUGGCAAUCCUGGUGCUCAAGAUUGA